UGCGCCGCUCAUAGUUCGUUAGGGCGUCCACCGGAAAACAUUUGUUCCUACACAUUGCUCGAGACGGCUUGAGCUCGUAAUACAGAGAUGAACAAGUGUCGUGGAGUGUCGUUACAGUGCUGCGAUCGAUUUUCGACAAUAAACCGGCGCACUUCCUCCGCACUUCAUUUUUGAAACAAAGAACGUGUGAAUCCCAGCGUGUGAAUCCCAGAAAAAAAUGGAGUGGGGGAUGUUUAGUAACGAAACGUGCCGAGUUUGCAUGAGUGUUGACAGUAAUUUGACACCCGUAUUUAAUGUCACUGGUAGUGGUGAAGACUACAGUCAAAAAAUCAGUGAACUAGCUGCUGUUCGGAUCGAAAAGUCCGAUGGAUUACCAAAAAAAAUAUGCAAAAUGUGCGCCCGUCAACUUGAUGCAUUUACAACUUUCAGAAGCUUGAUUCAAGACUCAGACAGGAAGCUAAGAGAUGCAUUUAAUGAACAAAUUGCUGUGGAAUCAAAAACUACACAAUCAAAUGACCAAGUACAAAUUCAAUUAAUAAAUGCUGCAACGGAUGUCACAGAUGAAUCAAAUGCAAAAAAUUGUCCUAUGUUUCAAGAUGAUACAUCUUCAGAGAAUAGAAUUCAAACUUGUGUUUUUCAAGAAUUUGAUGAAAGCUGUGAUACAUUUGUUUUACAAGUAGAUGAUGAAGAUGUGGAAUUCUCUGGAGAACUACAUGCCAUUCCAAAAAAUAUUAUUAUUAAUGAAGAUAAUUUCCAUUUAUUAGAAGACUUAGAUCAAUCUGAAGUAAUCAAAGAAAAAAAUGUUUGUUAUGAACUUGUACCCACUAGUGUCUGUACAGAGAUGAUAAAUCAAAAUGAAGUAAUUAUGAAGCACAAAAAUGAAGAAGAUACCAUUGAUAUCCAUAAAUAUGAAAAUGAUAACAGCAUAGAAUCAAAUAAUAAUGGUGAAUCAAAUGAUGCUAAUUGUGCCAAAGACAAUAUUGUAGGAAUAAGUAAUGAUACCAUUACUAAAGUCAAAGAAAUUGAAAUAGAUGACAUGACUGUACAUUUUCAAUGUACACUAUGUCUUAAGAAUUUUCCCUCGCUUUUUGAUGUUUUGUGCCAUACAAUAGAUAUGCAUGUGCCAACUGAAGGUCCAUAUUAUUGCAUAGCUUGUGAAAAAGAUUGUGAUACUUUAGAAAAUUUAAAAAUACAUGCUGAACGACACAAAGGUCAAAGCCCAUACUCUUGCUUCCUUUGCAAUAAAUCAUAUAUAAGAAAAAAAUAUCUCAAACGCCAUAUGACAUGCCAUACAGAUUUUCCGCAAUAUAGAUGUUCAACAUGCGGACAACGUUAUAAGUUAAAAGCUGAUCUUGAUGAUCAUGUACAUUCUUAUCAUAAAUUUGCACCGCAAUAUAAGUGUAAUUUAUGCCCAAAAGUAUUCAAUCACAAAGGUAACUUUAAACGACAUUUUUCUAGUCAUGUAGAUCCUAAUGGAGAAUAUCUUCAAAAAUUCCCAUGUUCUAUGUGUCAAAGAAGAUUUUCCAAUAGUCGUACACUUAGUAUUCAUAUGAGGGUUCAUACUGGGGAAAGGCCUUAUCAGUGUGAAAAAUGUGGAAAAGCAUUUUCACAGCAAGGUAACUUGAUAAACCAUGUCAAAAUUCAUACAAAUCCAAGAAGUUUUACAUGUGACAUUUGUGGAAAAAGUUUCAAUCAAAAAGCUACAUUGAAGGAGCAUAAAUUAUUACACUCAGGAGAAAAGCCUCAUGUUUGUCAAAUUUGUGGCUUAGCUUUUACGUUUAGCGCAGCUAUGCGUCGUCACUUAUGGAUUCACACCGAUGGUGGCAAACCUUAUAAAUGUGAUAAAUGCAGCUCCACAUUUGUAGGUAGCUAUGAUCUCAAAAGACAUAUGAAAAUUCAUCAAAAAAACUCUGAAAAGAAAACUAAAAAAAGUAGAAAUGAAAGCCCAGAAACUCUGAAUAAACUAAUUAACGUUGAUCAAGAAACAUUAAAUACAGAUGCAUUAUUAAUGGGAGAUAUACUUUUGAGUGGAAUUUCUGAUAAGCUUCUUCCAAAAGAAAAAGAAAACGAUUCUUUUCUAUUUUUUGAUGAAAAUUAAAAAUCGAUGAGAUAAAGCUUGAAUUAGAAUCUGUAUUUUAUCCCCUGUCGAUAUACGUAGGCUACGAAAUCUUUUCGUCCUUUCUACAGAGGGAGACACUAGUAUUACUAUUCGGUGGUUGUGAAAUGCCCCAGAAACCUGCAGAUUUCAUAUCAUGACUGAUUUUUAACUCUUUUCACACUCUAAAUAUAGAUGUAUUUACGACAUUUAUCAAUAAUAAUAAUAAUAAUUUAUAAGUCAUGACAUUUUUAAAUGUUUAAAAGUUUGAGGAAUUUAUAAAUUUCUUGAUGUGUAAUAUAGAUAUAAGAAAAAAAAUAUUUUAUACAAUUUAUAUGAAUUAUGAAUUCAUAGAUUGUAUAGAAUGAUGUUUUAGUUAUAAAGAAAAUAACGGCAAUGAGUCGUACCACAACGACAAAGAAAUUCUAUUGAGCUACAUACCUAAGUGUUCGUUAAAAAGAGAACUGUUACUCGCUAUUAUGAAAUUUUUAUACUUUAUAUCGCUGUUUACUGUCUAUUGUAACCAAAAGUGUAGUAUGUUUAAGCAUAAAACUAUGUGACAACAAUUUGACCAAAGUCAUAAGUUAUAAUGCAUUUGGAUUUUAUAAAAUAUUUACGUACAAUAAAGUCUACCUGUAUCUCGUUGA